CGACCAUAGUGCGGAAAUGUUUUCGUCAUCGGGAAGUGAACACUGCAUAGAACAAGCAAACUAAAAAGCAGGAAGACAUGGGGCGUCUAGUUAAUGGAGCUACUCUAUUGGCUUUAUUAUGUUUUCAUGUUUUCGCUGUGAAUGUUACUGCCAGAAAUGGUGUGAGUUCUAGCAAAGAUGAAGAGGAAAAAACGUUAAUUGGAGGCGGCAAGGGUGGUGGCUUUGGCGGUGGUUUUGGAGGAGGAUCUGGCGGUGGAAUAGGAGCAGGCGGUGGUUUUGGAGGCGGCGGUGGCGCUGGUGGAGGUGGAGGAGGUUUUGGUGGUGGACAGGGGGGAGGUGUCGGAGUCGGUGGUGGCUUUGGUAAGGGUGGUGGGGUUGGCGGUGGUUUUGGAGGUGGACACGGUGGAGGAGUUGGUGGUGGUGCUGGAGCAGGUGGUGGGUUUGGAAAAGGCGGAGGGAUCGGAAAGGGUGGCGGGGUUGGCGGCGGAGCUGGUGGUGGAAUAGGCAAAGGCGGUGGUCUUGGUGGUGGAAUUGGCAAAGGUGGAGGAGUUGGUGGCGGGAUUGGAAAAGGUGGAGGUAUUGGUGGCGGUAUAGGCAAAGGUGGAGGAUUUGGCGGUGGUUAUGGUAAAGGAGGAGGUAUUGGUGGUGGUAUCGGAAAAGGCAGAGGAGUUGGAGGUGGUAUUGGCAAAGGCGGAGAAGUUGGGGGUGGUAUUGGUAAAGGCGGAGGUAUUGGCGGUGGUAUCGGCAAAGGCGGUGGAGUUGGUGGUGGUAUCGGCAAAGGUGGAGGAGUUGGUGGUGGUUUCGGCAAAGGUGGAGGAGUUGGCGGUGGAAUUGGGAAAGGGGGAGGUAUCGGCGGUGGCAUUGGAAAAGGUGGUGGAAUUGGCAAAGGAAGAGGCAUUAGAGGCGGAAAUGGCAAAGGUGGAGGUAUCGGCGAUGGCGGCUUUGGGAAAGGGGGAGGUAUAGGCAAAGGCGGAGGCAUUGGUGGCGGUAUUGGAAAAGGAGGAGGAAUUGGUGGCGGCAUAGGCAAAGGCGGAGGCAUUGGAGGUGGAGGAGGCUUUGGCGGUGGAGGUGGAUUUGGCAAAGGCGGGGGAAUCGGUGGUGGAAUAGGCAAAGGCGGAGGAUUUGGUGGCGGGGGUGGAUUUGGGAAAGGAGGGGGUUUUGGUGGAGGUGGUGGAUUUGGUAAGGGCGGAGGAUUUGGCGGUGGAGGCUUUGGAGGCGGAGGUGGAGGUGGAGGUGGAGGUGGAGGGGGUGGUGGAAUCGGACAUCACUAAGCUGAAACACAUUACGUUGUAUUGAAUGCAUGCCUCACGUACACUUGGUUUGAUAGUGAGAGUAAAAUAUGAACAAAUCAAAAAUAAUAAUCUUUAUAAUAUUAUUGAACAAAAAAUUAUUCGAUGAAA